GAGCGAAGCAAGGUUUGCCGAAUUAGAUACCCAAACGCGGCUUUUUGGGAAGUAAAAAUCCUCCUCUCCCCUCUGUUCUUCUCUCUCAAGAUUCUUUCUUCACUCUCUCUAGAAUCUCUCUCUACUGCAACAAAAAUGGCGGCUUCCUCUCGAAGAUCAAGCGGACCAAUCCUACGCUCUCUCUCCCCUUCCGGAAGAUUCCACACUUCGUCUCCAUCAUCGUAUUCUUCUUCAGCCUUCGCUUCAUCGAGCUCCAGCUUUUCGUCUCAAUCCAACACUUUCCUCCACAGAUCAACCUCUCGUACGCGCGUCAAUUUGUACGAUUCAGCUCCGUCGGCGAGGUCGGUACGGUUCUCUAUCGACCGUCCGAUUUCUCCGAGCCGAUCGAUCUCCGUAUCGUCUCGGAACCAGGUGAUGAAGGCAGGGACUCAAAAGCGGACCUGUAUGUGUUCACCGACUAAUCAUCCAGGCUCGUUUCGUUGCAGUUUGCAUAAGAAUUUUAGUAACCAAACGGUGUCGUAUCCAUCGAACCGACUCAACGCUCGGAGGUCGGCGAUGACGAAUUCGCUGGUUCGAAUCGGGACCGUUGAAGGCGAUUUGGUGAAGAGAGCUCUGUCGGCUCUGAUUCGUCCUUCGUCUCAUCAGCAGCGGCGGCGAUCGGGCUUCCGGCCGAGGCAGAGCCGUCUAUCAAACAUGUCGAAGGCGGUGGAGUUGUGAUGAAUUAACGUCUACGGUAUGUUGAGAAUAAUCUCUAAAAGUUUGCUCAAAUUUCCGUAAUAUUUCGGAACCAGCGGCGGUUAUAGGCGGCGUUGCAAAUUCCGGCGACGCACAGCGGUGGUUGUGUCAGAUCUCGGCGAAUUCCUGAACAAUCAAACCCUUGGAGAUUACAUCAGACGGACUGGAUUUUUUGUUCUCCGGUACCGAAAACCUAGGGAUCUGAUUACAGGCACAUGAUAACUUUCUGUGUGUAUACAUAAUAUAAUAUACAUGAAUCGCAGCCAUUCAAUGCAAUUGAAGGAACUUCUUCUGGACUUAAAAUUACAAUUCAAAUGAACUCUAAAAACCUAAAAUUAAAAUUCAAUUGAAUUUAACCAAAGUUAAUCUUGUUAAAAACUGCUUCGUAUAUGAAUAUCAUGAAUCAUUCAAAGAUCAUUCCAUUCAUUCGUCUUCCGUGCCUUUUCCGUUAUGUUUGACGUGUGGUUUGACAUUUGCCGUUACCUCCGUUUAUAGGUAUUUGUGUCGUAUUCGUAUAUUCGUAUUUUUUUAUCAGCAGCCAGCGUAUCCAUUCGUAUACAUAUACGUCGUAUACGUUAGGUGUUCCUUUGAGGUAAAGUAUCUUUUAUUUAUUAUUAUUUUUGUUUCAUUUAUCGUUUUUGUAUUUAUUUAUUAUUAUUUAGCAUUUCUUUGUUUUCAUGUUUUGCAGGUAUUUAUUUUCGGCUUGGAGUGAAUUUAAAAUAAAAAACCGGUUCGGAAGCUCCAUCUGAAAAAAAAAAAAAUAUUGAACCAAGGCUUGUGGUUGUGC